CCCCGCGUGCACAGGGCUGGAGCGUCGCUUCCUGGGCGAGCCGCUUCCGUGCCGGCAUGGCGGCGGGGCUGCUGCUGGAGAUCAGGCGCGGGACGCAGAGCGCGUUGCUGGUUAUCCGCGAGACGGAUCCCCCGAGCUCGCCGGUGGAUAUCUCGGUGGCCGCGGACCGUGUGGAAGUGAAGAGCGGCGGGAGCUGCGAGGCGGCGAUGUUGCCGCCAGAGGUCAGACUAGCCCCGUCCUCCUGCCGGGGCCUCCACCGCCUCCCAGGCGACGGCCUCCACCUGCGCAUGCGCCUGCGCUGCCCGCCUCCGGGCGCUGAUUUGGUUUCUACUUGGAGGGAAAGCCUUAAACCACAGAAGAAUUAUGUCUUUUACUGUCAGUCGUGUGGUGACAUCAUAGUAAAAGACCGGAAAUUCCUCAGAGUGCUUCCUCUACCAAGUGAAAACUGGAGUGCUUUAGUUGAAGAGUGGUGUUGUCACCCCAACCCCUUUGCCAGAAGCACUUUGCACCCUCAGCAUGGUGACUGUUUUCUUGGUGACACUUUUUUUCUGAUGCAUUCAGGGAGUGAAUCACAUGUGCCUGAAUCUCCCAUGUGCUGCUCAGAGACUGGACACCAUACUUCUCAGAGUUGCUCCAACUUGAAAUCAAAGGAAAAUACCAGAGUAGUUUGUAAGCGCUGCAAGACAAUGCUGGGAGAAACAGUAUCAUCAGAUACCAUUAAAUAUUAUGUCACUGAGGUGAUUAUUCAGCCAUCUGAUGGAAAUUUCAGCCCAAAACCCAGGUCUCAGUUCAUACAGGGUAUGGUUGCUCAGUGUCUUGUGGAAUUGUCCUCUGCAAAAAGCACAUUUAGAUUCACCUUGAAAGGGGAUAAUGGAAAAAUCUACAUUCUGAUAUGGCUUUUAAAUUCUGACACUUUGCUGGUGGAGUCUUCAGGAAGUUCCUCCUCCCAUGAUGUUUUUACACCUUUUGGAGAUAUUUUCAUGCCUAGCUCUGGACCAGCAGGAACCUGGAAUGCUGUCAAAGUCCUUUACCAGCCAUGCAUUAAAAGCAGGAAUAAGGAGCUUGCUGAUGCAUGGGAAAAUGAUAUUGGAGUUCAUCCUUUAAAGUUUCCAUCAGAAACAUGUUUGGACUUACUGCUGAUACUGGGUUUGAGUACCACCUCUCUGCCACCUUCACUUCGAUGCAUGAACUCUUUUCAGGUUGCCUUUUUGAAGAUGUGAAGAGCACAGAUACCUGUGUGGAAAACUAUUCUCAAAUUCAUUUUCAGCAGAUAACUUUGAAUGGCGUGACUUCUAGAAACAAAUCCACUGGUGAUAAAAAACAAAAUGGGGGUGUGGUAUAUUAUUCUUCAUAUCUGGAUGUGUUUCAAAACCAAAGACAGUCUUAACUUAUGCAGCCAGUGCAUUCUUAUAUGCCUUUCUAAGAGAGACUUACCUUUCAGUCCUGUCACAUCCAGACUGUGAUGGUUUCUUCAAUGCCAAAAAGGAAUUAUCUUAGUACUACCUUUGUCAGACAGUAUUUGAUGUGACCUAUAUGUCCUUAGGAAAAUUUACAGCUGGUAGCAAAGAGAGGUUUAACUAUAUUUAACGUCGUAGUUAAAUGACGUUAAAUAUAUUAACUAAUGUAAGUUUAUUACUUUCUUUGCUCUAGUGAAGUUAGAGGUUCAGUGUUAAAACAUGAAAUCUGUUUUUCGUCACACUUAUGUUUAUCAUAUAUAUUGUUUCCAAAUUAAGGUUUACCUUCCUACUUGAGUGUGAAUGAAGAGAGUUUCUGUAUUCCUACACGUCCUGCAAAAUUCUCUUAAAUCAGUCCUAUUUUGGAGAAUCAAAGUUUUAUGGUUACUUGGAAUAAUUUCUUCAACUUAAAAAAAAAGAAAAAAAGUGCAUAUGUAUAAAGGCUGGCCUUGCAGAAACUGCUGGAGGUGAAAACUACUUGUAGCAAGUCAAUACAGCUACUCGAAAUUGACGUUCUCUCUUGUGGAUGCUCAGUUGCCUUCCAUGGGAGCAGCAGUGCAUUUCUGUGUUACCAUUUUUGGUUUCGGAGUUGAUUGCUCACUUAGUUGGCAGCAAUUUUUGCCUCCUUUGUCCAGAGGAACAGGGUUGUGUAAGUGCAUAGUCUAAGGAGCAGAAAAGAUGCCUCCUGGCAUUUUUGUCUCAGUUCCUUCUUAUUGGGAUGAACUGCUCUGGAUCUACAAGGUGGUGAUCCUUUAAUAUCAACCAUCUCUAUUGGAGCCCUCAUCCCUCCAGGGUCUCAUUGCAUAUCUGCCUUGCUUAUCUGUAGUUUUCCUUAAACAACUGCUCUUGGCAAAUCAGUAAGAUACUGGAAUGGCUCAUCUGACCUAGUGUGACAAUUCUCAUGUUCUCAAAAUGAGUACAGAAAGGUAUCCAAGCAGAUUAAAGAAGAAAAAAAAAAAGAAGGAAAGAGCCUGUUUAUGUAGCUGACAUUUUCAAAGUCCAUUGUUAAACUCUUAAGAUAAAAAGAUGCUACCUUGUUGGAAAAGCAGCUGUAUUUUGGGAGAGCGGAUUCUGGACGGAAUAUUCAGGAAUCUUUGAAAAUUCCUGAAUUUCAAGGGAAGUUAACAUGCCGUUCACUCAUUAAAUGAUCACAGUGUAGGAAGUGACCCUGCAAAGUGCUGGAGACCUUCUUUGGGUUUUACACAUCUAAAGACAAGUAGCCGAGGCUUCCCAGCGUGCAGUGUGGGUAUCUUCUUACUUUCUGUUGUUAUUUUAGUUGUCAAUAUUGAAGGAAGAACAAAAAUAUUCUGAGUUUUCUAUUCAUGGACUAAAUUAUCUAGCCUCAAGAUGUUUUGUAUAGGCAUCAAUGUUUAGCCAUUUUAUGAAUAAAAUAUAUUUUCUAAACCA